AUGGGCGAAUACAUCAGCUCCAACCAUGCCUCCAUCCCAGACGCUAUUACCGAUCCCGUGUUGAAGCCGGCUCGGCGCACGGUCCCGACCAGCAAAUGGGGCGUCGCAGCUCAAUGUACCACCGAAGACUUCAAGACCAGAACAGACAAGCAUAAACCCCUAGCCAAGGACUGGAGUCAACAUAUGACCAGGGAAUCGACAACGAGAACAGGAUCCUCGCUGAAGGCAGCUUUUAAGCACCUACAGAACCCGGAUGUCAUCUCUCUCGGCGGCGGCAUUCCCCUCAGCGAGUUCCUCCCCUUCGAGACCCUCUCAUUUACGCCGUCAUUCGUGCCGAGCAGCUCAAAGUCUAAUUCUACAACAAAAUCCUCCUCUGUUGACGAUGCACGCUUUCGAUCAAGCAAAACAGACCUUGCGGAUGGUCGAAGCGUGUUCGACAUCUCUGUAGCGCUGAACUACGGUCAAGGUAGUGGGUCUCCCCAACUCCUGCGAUGGAUCAUUGAACACACCGAGAUGGUUCACAACCCCCCUUAUGCUGAUUGGGGAUGCGCCAUGACGAUUGGCAAUACCUCAGCAUUAGAUAUGGCUCUCCGCAUGCUCGCAAAGUCUGGAGACUAUGUGCUGUCAGAGAAGUUCACAUACUCGACGGCAGUCGAAACUGCGAAGCCGAUGGGUGUCAAGUUCCUUCGUGUUGACAUGGACGGAGAAGGCUUGUUGCCAGAGAGCCUACUCCAAGUCUUGGAGACAUGGAACCCAGCGGAACACGACAACGCAACGAAGCCAUUCCUAUUGUAUCUCGUUCCAACAGGCCACAACCCUACCGGCGCGACCCAAAGUCUCCAGCGUCGUAGGAACAUCUACCGCGUGGCACAGAAGCACGAUUUGAUUAUCUUGGAAGACGAUCCCUACUACUGGCUUCAAAUGGACCCCUACAGCCCAUCCAUAGAUCUCGAAGGAUCUUCUACGACCCCUCAAUCGCCAGCAGAAUUACUCAAGACAAUCGUUCCAACAUACCUCGGCCUCGAUAUAGACGGGCGUGUCAUGCGCAUAGAUUCCUUCAGCAAGGUCAAAGUCGUCGAGCAAUACAAAACUCAUGCAGAUGUAUCGACGCAGGGACCCAGUGGAUUCAGCCAACUCGCAUUCUUCAAGCUCUUGGAUGAGUUCUGGGGGCACGCCAGAUUACUUGAGUGGUUGCUGCACAUUCGCAGAGAGACUUGCGAACGGCACUUACCCCGAGAAAUCGUCACAUGGGAGCCUGCACGAGCGGGCAUGUUUCAAUGGCUGGGCGUGGACUGGCAAAAGCACCCCGACGCCUCGAAGAAGUCUCCGAGUGAAAUAGAAGAGGAGAUAUGGCAAGAAGCACUGGCCCAAGGCGCGCUCAUUGCUAGGGGCAGUUGGUUCAACGCUAAUAAGCACAUCCCAUUGAACGAAGUUUUCUACAGGACCACGUUCGCUGCCGCACCUCUGGACCAAAUUGAGGAGGCGGUGAAGCGAUUUGGUAUGGCAUUGAAGAAAGGGUUCCAGCUGCAAUGA